AUGGGGAGGGCGACACGAUGGCGGGCUGCCUCCGCCGCCGCCCCUGCUCGCUGCCGGAAGGCGACGACCUGCACUCCGAGAUCCUCCUCCGCCAUCUGCAGCCGCCUCCUCUCCAACCCCGCCUUCCGCCGCCGCUUUCGCAUCCACCACCACUGCAGCGCUCUCCUCCUCGGCUCCUUCAUCCAACACCGCGGAAUCACCUUCCAGCCAGCUCCCGACGCCCCCGACCGCCUCCCCCUCGAGGAAUUCCGCCUGAAGCUCGAGGACCACUACAUCGCCCUCGGAUGGCGCCACGGCCUCGCGCUCUUCUUCCCCCCGAUCCGGCUCCAGGUGCUUGUGUGGGACCCUGUCGCCGGCCACCAGCUCCGCCUGGCCGUUCCCCCAAAUUUCGAGUUCCACGGGGCGGAGGGUGAUAUCAGCGGGGCGGUGCUUCGCGCCGCCGGAGACGUCGACCACUUCCGGGUGGUCCUGGUAGGCAGCGACGGGGAGCAACCUAGAACAGCGCUCGCCUGCGUUUACUCGUCGGAGAUGGGCGUAUGGGGUGAUUGCGUCUCGAUGUCGGUUCCAUCCGAGGGUUUGUUCAUUUUCAGGGGCCAGCCCGCUGUACUGGCAGGGGAUCGCCUUCACUGGUCUGUUACCGUGGCAGGAUCAAGAAGUAUCCUGAGGUUUGAUUUGGAUACGCAGAGCCUGGAUCUGAGCUUGCUGCCAAGGGAUUAUUACACCCCGCUCAGUCCCGAAUUCACUGUUGUGCGAGCAGAGGGUGGUCGCAUGGGUUUCCUGUUCCUACACCGCUUUACAGCCGAAUUGUGGAGUACGAAGCGCAAUCGCGACGGUGUCGAAAUAUGGACGCCAGGAAGAAGUAUUGAACUGGACAAGUUACUUGAGCUGAAUUCAGAGAAAGAGCCCCCACAGAUGAUAGGGUAUGCGGAGGAAAACAAUGCGGUGUUCUUCAGGACAGUUGGCGCUGACUACAUGGUCCAUCUUGAGUCAUUGCAGUUCAAGAAACUCCCUAAGACAACCGUCGGUUCUUACUAUCGUCCAUUCGAAACUGUCCAUAGUCCAGGUACUAGCAUGCCUUUUACAGUGUUUUUUUGUUGUUACACUGUGGAUCAAGAAGUAUCCUGUAGUUUGAUCUGGAUACGCAGAGCCUGGAUCUGA